CAGGGCUGAAACAUAAGCCAAGGAAGAUAACAACUAUAGAUAUAACUUUAAAUAUUUUACUGAUGCCAGAACUCUAGUGGCCUGAUGCUAUAUAGAUUACAUACUCUGUAUGACUGUAUCUGUCUCUGAUGGUUCAAUAUAGUGAAAGCCAGACUAGCCUUAAAAAUGUGUUUGUGGUAAUUCUAAUUUCUAGGUCAAUUUGAUUUAGAAUCAAAACUCUGUUAGUGUAAUUAAAGUGUUGCUCUUGAUGUGCAGCUGUAUAAGUGCCUUUUAUAUCAAUUGACAUUUAUGUGCCACGAUGUUUUUUAUGUGUAACUAGAUGAUAUAGCAAAAUGAGUGCAAUGCAAGCAGAUUCCAAGAAUCCUCAACUAAAGACGAAGGACCUAGAAGAACUGAAAUGUUGGCUAGGUACACAAGAACACUUACCACCUAUUUCAGAAGAGCACCUAAUAAUGUUCCUACACAGCUGCUAUUAUGAUGUUGCUCGGACUAUGGACUGCAUUGAGACAUAUUAUACUAUAAGGACCAAUAUUCCAGAAAUAUUUACUAACAGAGAUUUGAAACGUAUAGAAAAUCAAAAAAUGUUGGCAGUUUUAAACUACAUACAGCUUCCUGUUAGAGAUCCAAAUGGCCAUCACAUUAUAUUUCACAGUCUAAAGGAAAAUGAGCCUUCAAAAUACUGCUUCAGUGAUGCUGCCAGAAUAUAUUUUAUGAUGGCCGAUAUGUGCAUCCAACGUGACAGCACAUCACCUGGCACUAUUAUCGUAUUUGAUGCCAAGGGUUUCAAGUUUGGACAUAUCAUCAGAUUAAAUCUCUCUUUAGUACAUAAGAUACUCACCUAUGUCCAGUUUUUACUUGAUGCAUUGCAGGAAGGAUUGCCUGUACGACUGAAGGGCAUUCAUGUAUUAAAUACAGCAGCUUUUGUGGAUCAUCUCAUGCGCCUCAUUAAACCUUUCUUGAGUAAAGAACUUCAAAAACUGAUUCAUUUCCAUACAGGCAAUAAUGAAUCCAUCUAUGAACAUUUGCCAAAGAGAUGCUUGCCUCAAGAUUUUGGUGGAGAACUUCCAACGGUUGCAGAAUUAAAUGCUGGAUUUAUUGUGGAGUUGCAACAGUUUCAAGAUUAUUUCAAGGAAGAGGAGAGGUUUCGAGUGGAUGAAAACAAAAGAUGUAAUAAAAGGAAGAACAGGAAUUAUUCUUUAUCAUCAAGUCACUAGCCAUCCACUGUAAUAAUUUAACCUGUAACUGAGUACAGAAAUAUGUCUUGUCAGCAGUUAAAAUUGGAAACUUAAACUUAAACUUUGUAACCCACAGGCUAAAUCUAUACCCCUUGAUGCUUUCCACUGGUGGAUGAAACGCAGAAGGGAUAUGAAUAUUAAUUCUGUUACAUUUUGUUUUGUGAAGUAUUUAAUAUUCUUAUCAUGAACUGAUAUUACAUUAGAUUUUACACUGUAAACGUCAUACUGCUAUAAGCGAAGUCCAGCACCAUAGAUAAAGUUAAAGUUAUCCCUUUGCUUAACUAAUUAAGCACUAUACCAUGAAGGCAUAUUGAUGAGUGGAUGUAUAG